UUGCGCAAGUAGACGGAGUGGCCGACUUCUCUGUGGACCGAUGGGAGAGGAAGGAAGGGGGUGGUGGUAUCACCUGUGUGCUUCAGGAUGGGCGUGUGUUUGAAAAGGCUGGAGUGAGCAUUUCUGUCGUUCAUGGGAAUCUCUCUGAGGAAGCAGCCAGCCAGAUGCAAGGCAGAGGAAAAGUCAUGAAGAGGAAAGAUGGUAAAUUGCCAUUUACCGCUAUGGGUGUAAGCUCUGUGAUUCACCCCAAGAAUCCUUAUGCACCCACAAUGCAUUUCAACUACAGAUACUUUGAGGUAGAAGAAGCUGAUGGUAACACACACUGGUGGUUUGGGGGUGGAUGUGACCUCACACCAACAUACCUGAACAAAGAGGAUGCUGUCCAUUUUCAUCGCACUCUAAAGGAAGCCUGUGACCAGCACGGGCCAGACAUCUACCCCAAAUUUAAAAAAUGGUGUGAUGACUACUUCUAUAUAGCGCAUCGUGGGGAGCGGAGGGGCAUCGGAGGCAUCUUUUUCGAUGAUCUCAACUCUCCAUCCAAGGAGGAAGCGUUUCGCUUCGUUAAGACGUGUGCUGAAGCUGUGGUUCCUUCUUAUGUUCCCAUUGUGAAAAAGCACUGUGAUGACUCAUUCACCCCCGAGGAUAAGCUGUGGCAACAGCUGAGAAGAGGACGGUACGUAGAGUUUAAUCUCUUAUAUGACCGAGGCACCAAGUUUGGUCUCUUUACUCCGGGAUCCAGGAUUGAAAGCAUCCUAAUGUCCUUACCUCUAACGGCUCGAUGGGAGUACAUGCAUUUGCCACCAGAGAAUUCCAAGGAAGCUGAAAUUCUGGAAGUACUGCGCCAUCCGAAGGACUGGGUACACUGAUGCAGCAGAGUGUUGUUCCAGGGCCUGGCGGACACAGGCGUGAACUUCCUGCGCUGUUGCCACUGUAUGGCAGGCAAUCCUCUGUGCCUUACUCUGUCCCAGCCUUCUCCACUCUGGGCAUCGCCUCUGUGGCAGGGGGCUUUGGAUCUUUUCCACUGCUGUGGGGUGACAUAGCAGUGAUGGAUGGUGAUGUAAAGGUGCCAGCUCUGUUGGAUGUAAAAAGCAUUUGUCCUUUUAGAAUCAUGUUCUAUGACCAGUUAAUUUGACUUUGGGUUUCCAGGUCUUAAGAAAAGGGAAUGUAAGUAUUAUAAUAUGGACCAGGAAACUCUUCAUUUUAUUUGUUGCUUCAAGUUUUAGUUUUUGCUACAGGAAUUUAUCAGGGGAUAUGUUUUAUCUUCAUUAGUUCAUUCAUGUUGGCCUUCUUGGUAACUUUAGAAUGCAGUUUGAAGCCUGGUGCUCAGGAGGUAAAGGCAGGUGGAUCUCCAUGAGUUCAAGGCCAGCCUGGUCUACAGAGUGAGUUCCAGGACAGCCAGAGCUACACAGAGAAAUCCUGUCUUAAAAAGCGAAAAAAAUGCAAUUUGAAGGGAUAUGUUUUCCUUUGUCAUUUUUGAAGUUGUUUUUUUUUUUUUUUUGAUGUAAGUUUCAUGUGUCUUUCUCUGUUGAUCAGAAUAUUAUAAAAAAUAUUCUUUUUUUAAAUAAAGAUAGGUAUUUUGGAGCACUUGAAAUUUUCUUAAGUCAGUUUCUGCAUUACAAUUCAAUGGUGACCUACAGUUUACAACUGUAAAUGGCAUUAUUUAAAUAAGGGACACCUAAGUAGUGUUUUUUUGUGUGUGUGGGAUGAUAAUUUGCUGACAUUUGGAUUCUAUGUAUUUUUUAAAGCAAAAGCUUAUAUCCCUGGAUUCUGAUACUUAGAGUUUUAUAUUUCAGAUAUUUAGAUAUGGGAGUUUAGACUAAGAACAAAUGAAGAAUAUUUUCCUUCUUUAAUUAAAAUGAAUGGAACUAGUCUAACAUGUGGGUAUUUUAUAUUUCUUAAAAAAAAAAAAACAAAAAAACAGACCAAUUGAAAUUGUCCUACUUUUCAAAUUAGCAAUUCCUUAACUUUUAUCUUUUCUCUUAAAAGUCACAGCAUAUUUCUUAAUGCAUGGUUUAUCUUCUAAUAAUAUUGUGACUGCAAUAUUAUUAUUAUGUGUCUUACUUGAGUCCUAAUAUAUUGAAUUUGCAAGGAGCAGCAUCUCAUACAUAUUUAAAUAUUAUCCUGGGAUAUGUUGAAUGUAUGUGAUUGUGUUUGGCUCUUUUAGGGUAAGAAAAUCUACAGAUUCUGCCACAUGUCUUAUACAGAUCCAGCUAAUAAAUUUUAUUUUGAAAUAAGACAA